AUGGUUUUCCAUCUUGCUGCAGUUUCUAUGCGUGCAGCCGAUGCUCCAGCAGAUGGAGAAGAGGUCCAGGAGCUUGCGCUAGAGAGUGGCCGGCUCGAAGAUCCUCAGCGCAUGUCUGAUGCUGGGUACUGUCCGCGCGAGGAGGUUGUGAGGCUGUGGAAGGAAAAGUCCCGCAUGGAUGCCCUGUUUGAUGGAGGCGACAAGGAGGCAUACUGGCUGGCCCGUGAUGAGAUCUAUCCUGAGGCAGGCCAUCGAGGUUCUGAUCGCCAGCCUUUGGGCAACAGGUCGGGCGACAAGAUAGAGGAGAUUGUCACCGCUGUUGGGAAGCUGGAGGUGCUGCUGGAUCGUUGCAAGGAGAAGGGUCGGCUGGUCUUCGCUGACGUUUGCGGAGCUCCUGGUGCAUGGUCCAAGUAUUUCUUCAAGCUCGGUGCCGAGGCCCGGUGCGUCACGCGCGGUUUUGGCUUCAGCCUGCGCGAGGGGACGAACGUGCUGAGCUGCACCUGGUUUCCCGAGGCCCGCUCGCCGUCGAAGAAAGCGGCAAACACGCGCUUGGCUGAACUAGCAAAGCCGCUGGCGGCCUUGAAGUCGGACCCUUGGGCCCUUGUGUUGGAUGCAGCCUCCCUGGCUUCCAGCACAGCGCUUCAUGGUGCAGGAUUCCGCGCCGGCCGCAUCAUUGUACCCAACGACAGUGAUGCACCUUUUAGCAGCAACAGUUUAAGCAAAGCAACGGUGAUUCAAGGCUUGAGCUUGAAAGACUUCAUCAUGCAAAACUCGAAGAAAGACCGCAGUGUUGGCGGCUAUGGUCCUUUCACUUGCGUGUACUGUGACUUUACAGAAUGCCUGUAUGGAAGUUGGAGACCGCCACAAGAGCUUGAGGAGCCUGGCACUCCCACUGUGGCUUACAGGUCCAGUCCGGGCCAAGACCUGCAAGCGCUCUUCCGCACUGGCCAGCUGGCAAGUGGGGCCCUGCUCGCUGUAACCUUGGCACACUUGCGCUCAAACAAGAAGCCUGAGCAGUGGCCGCAGCUGCGAUUGCUGAUCGGCGCGCUGGCCGCAGAGCAGGGGUGGUGCAGCGUUGUUGUGGAUCGCUUGGAGCAACGUGCCGUUGCCACCGAGUACUGGGUCCUCGGUGAACCGGACAACGUUGGCCUUCAACAGGUGCUCAAAAAAGAGCUUUCAGAGCUGGCCAGAAUCCAGGUAGCAGUUCUGCCUCUGAUGACUUGCUUGUCUGCGCAAAGAGCGUAUGCAGGUGACAACUUUGUGGAGUUGUGGGGGGCUGAUGGCAGCGGAAAUGUCUGCCUGCCAGAGAAUGUGUCCCAUGCUGCCGCUGAAGUUGGGCGAGAAGCAGAUGUUGUCAUGGCAGAUGGCGGGUUCCUGGUCCUCAAGGGAAGCAACGGUGAGCACAUGGAGAACUACCAGGAGAUCGUCUCUGGCAGCAUCCUUUUGGCUGAGGCGUGGUUGUGA